UUCUCAAACCAUUUAUUAACACAACCAUUCUCACUCAAAAAUUAAUCACUCACUCACAAAAUGGAACCUUUUCCUUCUUCCAACACAAACUCAGUGAAUGGUUUCUACACAUUUCUGAGCAGAGGAAUUGAUGAUUUAGAAAGAGCUUUUCUUUCAAACAACUUAAUGUCAAUCCAAUUCCUUCAAAGGGUACUCUCUAUACUUCGAUCCUUCCACACCCAACUAGUCUUUUUGGUUCAAAAACUUCAUCUUCCGGUUGGUGAUAAAUGGCUUGAUGAAUACAUGGAUGAAAGUUCCAAGCUUUGGGAAACAUGUCACCUUCUCAAAUCUGGUAUUUCUAGCUUGGAUGGUUACUACUCAACCGGCAUCAACAUCACCAACUUCUUCGACUCUCACCCUCAUUUCACUCCACAACUCUGGCGACAGGUUCUGAGAGGCAUAUCUGGGUGUAGAAGAGAAGCUAUGGGAUUGGAGGAAGAAAAUCGUGCAUUGAUGGAAACAAGAGUCCAACUACCUUCUCUGUGUUUCGAGGAAAGAGUAUCGGUCGAAUCAAAGCUAAACGGUUUCAAUGGUUUCAGGGGAGUAUUAUAUGCAAUGAGAAACAUUAGUUCAAUGCUGCUCACAAUUUUGCUACACGGUUUGGUGUACCGUUCUCCGGACACAUCAGGCACGGUUUCAGGGUACGAGGGUCGGUUGUUUCAUCGGUCUGGACUAAUGAUAUCUGCUGCGAGGUUGCAGCAGAGAGUGUCAGCAGAGAUGAGCGAGGCGGAGCCGGGGAUGUUGUUGUAUGAAUUUCGGCAAUCGAGAGUGAUGGUGGAGGAGCUGAGAGGCGAAAUGGAGAGGAAUGGUUCGUCGCAGGUUGUUCAAUGGGAAAUGGAAGUUGGUUUGAGGGAGAGAGUAGAGAGUGUUAGAAUGUGUUUUGGUGUUCUUAAAUCUGGAGCUGAUAAUAUUGUUUGUCAGCUUGAUGAUUUUUUUGAUGAGAUUGUGGAAGGUAGGAAAAAACUUUUAGAUUUUUGUAGUCAUAGGUAAAUCAAUUACCGAGGUUUUAAAUUAUAGUCGCGGGCUGGAGUAACAUUUAUGGUAAGCAAUUAUGCAAACCGCAUUACUUGAUUAUGAAGAAAAAAAAUACACUCAUUGCGGUUGAUGUAAUUUAUUGUUUUAUUAGAUUAUGAGUUGAAAACAACAAGACUUAAUCUCAGUAGAUCGUGACAACUGAUGUAAUCCAUAGUUGCAUCUUA